AAGUUUGGAAGUGAAAUGGCCUUGUCUACUAGGAAGAAGCGAUCACCCGUGUUUUGGUGGGAAAAAUAUGGGACACAGACACCGGAGUUGAUGACUUUUGCUAUUCAAGUCCUUUCCCUUACUUGUAGUGCAUCGGGGUGUGAGAGGAAUUGGAGCACUUUUGAAAUGAUUCACACCAAAAAGAGGAAUAGGCUUGAGCAUAAGAGGUUGCAUGCUUUGGUCUAUGUGAAAUACAAUGUUGCUCUAAGAGAUAGGACUAAGAAAAGAAAUGCCACAAUGAUCGAUCCUAUUGUUGUGGAAGAAAUUGAAUCCGAUGAUGAAUGGAUAACGGAGAUAGAGGAUCCGGUUCUUCCUACUGAUCAUAAUUGACUGAUCAUAAUUGGCUUGAGGAUAGAAUAGAAGAUCUAACAUUGAAUGAUGAGGCGGUAAGGAAUGUGCCAAUCGGUACAUACCAAAGUACCCUAAUAGAUAGAGAGCCUACUCCUCGUGAGGCUUCACCUCCUCUUGAGGCUUCUCCUCCUCGUGAGGCUUCUCCUCCCCGUGAGCCUACUCCUUCUCUUGAUGAGCCUAUUGUUUUAUACAAAAGGAAAUCUAGUCAAGCACCAAGUUCAAGUAGAAGAAAGCUUCCAAGGAAAUCAAUGCGUCUUGAAGACAUUGCGGAUGAUGAUAUUAGAAUUAAUCCAUAUGAAGAUACUAAUCCUCUCUUUGAGUACCAAGAUGAUGAUAGUGAUGGUGAUGAUAGUGAUGGUGGUGAUAGUUUGGAUUGUGAUUUUCUAGUUGAUGAGGAUGAUGAUUUCCAAGCAUGAAGUAGAUUUCAACAUUUGUUCUUGAUCUUUGGUGUUUGAAGUUUGAACUUUAAAUCCUUGAUUUCAUUUUAUGUUGGUAAUUUUGUUGAAUCAUAUGCUUCUAGUACUUAAUUUAUGGUGAGUAAAUGACAAUUAAUAGUGUUCUUU